CCAACUGUGGAAACACUUUUACUUUGAGGUUGUUUUAUGGAGGAAAAGUAAAUCACAUGGAAAAACCUGCAUACUUGGGAGGGUCAAUCCAUAAUUUUCAUGAUGUAGAGGUUGAUGAGUUCGGUUUGAUUGAGUUGAAUGAGAAAUUACAAGAACUUGGUUGCACCAAAAAGGUAAUGACUGUGUAUUCCUAUUCACAUGAGAAUGAGUCCCUAAAGCAACUAAAUAAUGAGGCAGAGGUUUGGGGGAUUGUGAAUGGUGGAAAUGUUGGUAAGGUGGUGGAGUUUUGGAUAGAAUUAGAACCCAGUGGUGACACUGAAGAUGAUGAUGACCCUGAGGAUAGUGACUUCAGUGAGAAGGACUUAGAACACUUUUCUGGGGAUGAGGAUGACUCUGAUUUGGAAGACUUCAUUUCUAAGGAGGAUGUUGUGUUGUCUACUAAUGGAGGGUUAAACAGCAGUAGUGAAGGAGAAGAAAAUGUUACUGAAGCUUCAACGGUGGACCCGGAUCCUAACUUGUCUGAUGAUGCUUCCAUACAUGAAUCUGACAGUGACUCUGAGAAGUGGACUACAUUCUGUGCCAAGACUGAUAUGAAAGAGCCUACCUUUAAACUGGGUUUGACAUUUGGCACCAAACAGGAAUUCAAAGAAGCUGUGGAAAAUCAUGCAUUUAAGAAUGGUAAAGAGGUGAGGUUUGUCAAAAAUGAUAAGGAACAGGUUGUUGUGGAGUGCAAGCAUAUAGGCUGCUCAUGGAAGAUGAAUCUAAGAAAGGUAAUGAACUCUCAUUCUUGGAGGAUUUUAAAGUACCAUGACACACAUGAAGGUUGCUCUUGGGUCUAUCACAACAAAAUGGUGAACUCUAGCAAGGUAGCAAAUAGGUGGUUCAAGGAGAUUGAGGGUCACUCAAAUUGGAAAACCAAAGAGUUUAGACAGAAAGUAUGUACUGAAGAACGAUUCCAUUUGAGUCUCAGGCAAGCUUAUAGAGCAAUAAGUAAGGCCAAGAGAAAACUGAGAGGUGAAGAAGAAGAUUACUUCAAGAAGAUAUGGUCAUAUGUGGCUGAAAUAAGAAGGACCAAUCAUGGGAGCACAUGUGUUGUCAAAUUGAGUGAAAAUGUAGAAGUGGAUGGACAACAAAGAUUUCUGAGGAUGUAUAUGUGUUGGGAAGCCUGCAGGGAAGGAUUUAAACAGUGUAGACCAGUGCUUGGGGUUGAUGGGACCCAUCUGAAAACAGCUACAGGGGGCCAACUUUUAGUUGCAAUUGGACAACAACAUUUGUGAGUGCUUUAAUAGUGUCAUACUAGAGGCCAGACAACAAGCCCUUUUGGUGUGUCUAGAAAGUAUCAGGAAACUACUACUAACAAAGUUGUUCACUAGCAGGACCAAAGCAAGGAAGUGGUCUUCAAAUAUUUGCCCUAGAAUAGCCAAGAAAAUCCAAGACACUGAGAAGUUAGCUGCAAGUUUGAUUGGAUAUCAGUGUGGUGACAAUGAUUUUGAGAUAAUGGGAAGUCAUGGUAACCAACAUGGUGUGGAUUUGGAGAAGAGAACAUGCACUUGCAGGCAGUGGGACUUAACUGGGAUCCCCUGCAAGCAUGCAAUCUGUGCUAUAUGGCUGAAAUUUGGAAAAGGCCCUGUUGAUGCAUAUGUGCUUCUAUGGAAAUGAUGAUGACCCCAUUGAUAUACAGUAAUGGGUAGACUAAAAUGUGUAUUCAUGGUGCUACUUUGAUGAUGUAAUGUAGUACAUUUUUUGCUUUUUGGAACUGAUGCAACUUUGAUGAUGCUACUGUAUUGGUAUAGCU